AUGUUGUUGGGUAUUAAGGAAGCAAAGGGGAAGGAAAAAGAGGCAACCACAUCUCGUGUUUCACCAUCUCCACAUGCCAGGACAAAUUCAAAUACCCUCGAACAGACAGUUCAGCGCACCCAAGAGCAUGUCGGGCAGCUGUCCGACAAACUGAUGACAUAUUUUGCCUAUUUCAAGCGUCGCGAUGAAUUUCUCACCAGCGCCUUGAUGGAGUUUCUCCCUCACACAAACUUUACCAUUCCCAUCUUCCCUGACAUACUAGUGCCAACGAAUGAGGAUGUCGAGGCAUCUGCAGAAGCACCCCACCCUGCUCCAGCUGCUGCUCAACACUCAUCCAGUAAAGAAAGUCACCAACCCGCUGAAGCGGAUGAUCCAGUUGACCCUGAUCCAGCCCAUGUUGUGUCACUCAACGUAGAUCGAGAAGCCAACCUCCAACUUGCCAAUGUCUCAGAACCACCACAAUUCGUUAAACCCCUGGCGGUCGAACAUCCUCAUAUGCCGCAUCCUGUCACGAUUAUGGAAGAAGCACACCCUGAAGUACCUCAUCCCACCGAGUCAACUAAGGAGUCCCAAUCCGAGAUGCCACGGCAAACUCCCUUGCAUAGGAGCCAACGUCGCCUCAGGAAAGCAUCACAGCGUGAGGAGCCCCCGCUCCCAGCAGUCCCAGAGGGACCUAGCACUCCUCCAGCCACACCAUCUUCUGACUCCGAACACUUCAGCCCCGCCAAGCUGAGAAAGCGCACUCGCCGUGCGACCGCUGCACCACCACCCACUUAA